AAGGGACAGGAAUGACAGGAAGAGGCUGUCAUAUUCUUCGUAGCUGACAACCGCUUGUAUAGUACAAUAACCAUAAGUGCAGGAUGGCUCUCAAAUAUCUCUUGACUGCCGCGUGUGUCUUGAUGAUGUUUAUUGAACAGGAUCAAGCAAUGAAGUGCACGGAGGUUCCAGGGAGCCUGAAGCAGAUUGACGCCGGGGCGGGUCUGGUUGUUGGGGUGAAUGCAGAGGACGGCAUCUUUGCGCUUUUCGGGAAAUCCUGGACCCGGUUGCCUGGGUCCCUUUCGCACGUUUCUGUGGGACCCUCGGGGAUGUGGGGGGCCAACAGUGGCCAUCUGAUCUUCAAACUUGUGGGCGGCACGUGGGUUACAGUGCCAGGCCAACUGAACCAAGUGGACGCCGGCGGAGACCAGUUUGUGGUCGGGGUCAACCAUGUUGAAAAGGUGUACUGCAUGGAACGAGAUUACGCUGUGGACUUCAGAAGCAGUGGCUCCCCUGCACCCUGGAGCCAGCUUCCAGGGGUGCUUGUCUACUACAGCUGUGGCCCCAUUGGUUGUUGGGGUGUCAAUAAAAACCAGGACAUCUAUAUGAGGGAGGGAGUGGGUCCAACAGAGUGUCAGGGCAUUACAGACUGGCAGCACAUCCAAGGGAAGUUGGUGAUGGUUGAGGUGGGAACUGAUGGCAGUGUUUAUGGAGUCAAUGCUGGGGGAGAUGUGUAUCAGAGGGAUGGCGUCACUGAAUGUGACCCAGCAGGAAUAUCCUGGACCUUGCUGAGCGAGUGUGGCAAGAGCAAGCAUGUGAGCUAUGACUUGGGGCACCUGUGGGUCAUCUCCCCAGAUGACAAGAUCCAGGACUGUGUUGUCUAAGUGCAUUAAGCCCAAACAAAUGUCAAAUAAAUGUUUCAUAAGCAUCCUUAACUGUUUAUGAUACUUUAUACUGAUACAUGGUGCCUUUUGAUUCGCAUUGGUAACGCUGGAUAUAUCCUGCCACAAGCCGUUGAUGGGAUGAGUGGUAACUGAGCUGUAACAAAUGAAAUUCUCAGAAUUGAUUGAUCAGUGCUUUUGCCUCCAUCUUUAUCAAUUAAAAUACGUUUUCAAGCACA